AUGAAUCUUCCAGUAAAGCCAAUCGACAGCUGGUCAAGAGGAAUCUGCGAUUGCCUCGGAAACAGCGUCAGCAUGAAUCUUCCAGUAAAGCCAAUCGACAGCUGGUCAAGAGGAAUCCACCGUUGCCUCGGAAACAGCGUCAGCAUGAAUCUUCCAGUAAAGCCAAUCGACAGCUGGUCAAGAGGAAUCCGCAGUCCUCGGAAACAGCGUCAGCAUGAAUCUUCCAGUAAAGCCAAUCGACAGCUGGUCAAGAGAAAUUCGCCGUUGCUCGGAAACAGCGUCAGCAUGAAUCUUCCACACCUUUUCACCGGAAUCGAAGAAGAUUACCUCGGAAAUAGCGUCAGCAUGAAUCUUCCAGUAAAGCCAAUCGACAGCUGGUCAAGAGGAAUUCGCCGUCGUCUUCUGGCGGAACCGACCUUCGAAUCUCUUCACCCAACACUUCUACUCGUAAUGGAAGCUCAGCAAACACGUACACGGACAACUCACCGAGCAGAGCGCCUAGACUGUGAUCUCCAUGCUUGCAGAUAUCCGGCCUUCCCUUCCCGGCUUGUCUCCUUGACUAAACCCAUGUUACCUGAGCAACCUGUGGACGCCUAUCUCCUGUCGCAUGCGGCAUCUCAAGUGGAUUCCUGGUACAUUUGGUCGACAACGUCGAAUUUCCGUGACGGUUUGCUUAUCUGUCUGCCCAGCUCCCUGACUGCCAGGCCUCCAGAGUUGUACUGGUUUUUUCGAAACGGACAUCACUUAGUGACGACGUUUUCGCUUUAUUGCCGAAAACCCCUACCUACCACUUUCUUCAUCGUGAUCCCUUUUCCUUCGAUUAGCGCUAGAUCCUUGAUCCAGGUGUCUUCUUUAUGCUGGUCUUGCUCUAUUCAUGUUUUGCCCGAGUAUGCUUAA